AUGGGCAGCCUGCUGAGCGGGGUCAGCUUCAAGGAGCCCACCACGGUGGAAGACUGCGACUCCACCUGGGAGACCGACUCGGAGCCCGAGGCGGCGGAGCCGCGGCGGCAAGAGGGGCCGUGCUCCGCCGCGGGAGGCGGGGAAGAGCCGCCCGAGCCGCCCGCCGCCGACUGCCGGUCCCGGGAGCCGCCGCCGGCCCCGCCAGCGCAGGAGGACGCGGAGCGGGCAGAGGCGGACGCCGCCAGCCCCGAGCAGAGUGGUGAUGGAACUGAGCUGACAAUCAAGCCAAAGAGAAGCUUCUACGCAGCAAGAGAUUUAUACAAGUACCGACACCAGUAUCCACAGAACUUUAAGGAUCUUCGGUAUCAAAAUGACUUGUGCAAUCUCCGGUUUUACAAAAAUAAAAUCCCUUUUAAACCUGAUGGGGUUUAUAUUGAAGAAGUCCUAAAUAAAUGGAAAGGAGACUAUGAAAAACUGGAACAUAACCACACUUACAUACAGUGGCUUUUUCCUCUGAGGGAACAAGGUCUGAACUUCUAUGCUAAAGAAUUAACUACAUAUGAAAUUGAGGAAUUCAAGAAAACAAAAGAAGCAAUUAGAAGAUUCCUUUUGGCUUACAAAAUGAUGUUGGAGUUUUUUGGAAUAAAACUAAUUGAUAAAACUGGAAACGUAGCACGAGCUGCUAACUGGCAAGAAAGAUUUCAACAUUUGAAUGAGUCUCAACAUAACUACUUGAGAAUCACUCGAAUUCUGAAAAGCCUUGGUGAACUUGGAUAUGAGAGUUUCAAAUCUCCCCUGGUAAAAUUUAUUCUGCAUGAAGCUCUUGUGGAAGAUACCAUUCCCAACAUCAAGCAAAGUGCUCUGGAAUAUUUUGUGUAUACUAUUAGAGACCGAAGAGAAAGGAGGAAACUGCUGAGAUUUGCCCAGCAACAUUAUACGCCCUCAGAGCAUUUUAUCUGGGGACCCCCAAGAAAACAGAAGUCAGAGGGAAGCAAAGCAAAUAAAAAGCCAGCAUCUCCAGUUUCUCUUCCCAAUAGUCAUAUUUGUAAGCAUAAGAAACAGAAAGAGCCUAAGAAUGCAUCAGCAAGUGGAGGCUCAGCUAGUAAAAUAACUGAAGAAAGAAAGAUAGAAUUCACAAAAAAUGGGGAAGAAAAUGAUCAGGAUGAACAAGAAGUGAACUGUGACGCUGUUAGGCAGAGCAACAGUGAAAAGAGCAGUGACACUGAUACCAGUCGGCUUUCAAAAUCAGAAGAAAUUAAUGAUAAUUCAGACAGAAAGGAGGACGCUUCUCAUUCCAGUAAAGAUGAUGAAAAUCUGAACAAUGACUGUGGAAAUCACCCAGGCAUUAUAGAGGAAGAUUUAUGUAACACUGAGAAUUCUUCAAAUGACACAUCAGCCGAUCUACAAGAUAACUUUCAUAAGGAUAUGUUUUCAGGGUCGACCACCACAAAAUCUAAGGAUGAGCUCAAACCAUGA